AGUGCGAGCAGUUGCUGUUUCUGCCUUCGACCUCCGCGGCUCAUCCUCACCGUCGGAUCCGUAUUUGAACUCAGAAUCCAGGCUGGAAUCAAUGAAGGAGAGACGGUCGUGUCAGAAAUUCUCUCUGAAGUCCGGCAUGGAUCCCAGUCAGAGUGUGAAGUGUAAAAUAGUGGUGGUGGGGGACAGUCAGUGCGGAAAGACGGCGCUGCUUCACGUGUUCGCCAAGGACUGUUUCCCCGAGAGCUACGUCCCGACAGUGUUUGAAAACUACACUGCCAGUUUUGAAAUCGACACUCAGAGAAUCGAGCUCAGCCUGUGGGACACCUCAGGUUCUCCAUACUACGACAAUGUGAGGCCUCUGUCCUACCCGGACUCUGAUGCUGUCCUCAUCUGUUUUGACAUCAGCCGCCCUGAAACUCUUGACAGUGUACUGAAGAAGUGGAAAGGGGAGAUCCAGGAGUUUUGUCCUAACACAAAGAUGUUGUUGGUUGGAUGCAAGUCAGACCUGCGCACAGACCUGAGUACGCUGGUGGAGCUUUCCAACCACAGACAGACACCAGUUUCUUAUGACCAGGGUUCCAGCAUGGCUAAGCAAAUCUCGGCACCCUACAUCGAGUGCUCGGCUCAGCAGUCGGAGAACAGUGUCAGGGACAUUUUCCAUGUGGCCACACUGGCUUGCAUCAACAAAAACAACAAAAAUGUCAAGCGCAGUAAGACCGCCCGCUCUACCAAGAGGAUUUCACACAUGCCCGGAAGGCCUGAACUGGCGGCUGUGGCCUCGGACCUCCGGAAAGAUAAAGCCAAAAGUUGCUCCGUCAUGUGACUUAUAAGCAGAACUGAACUGAGGACAGAGCACAGUGCAAGCAGGAAGCUGGAGGGCAAAGCUCUUUCCUGCAUGUUUAAGACCCCUUUUUUGUCUGGUAAGGGGUUUUAUACGCUUCAAUUCAUGUACAUGUUACUGGAAUAUUCUGCACCAAUGAUAACACUCUCAAUGCGUAGUGAUGUCCCAAUCCGAGCAGCCCCCACCAGAAGAAGCAGCCAUCUGUCAGCAGGCUACCUGCUCGGGGAAAUGACACUCUUCCUCUGGGAGGAUGAAGCGGAUACAGUCAAGGCAAAAUGGAAAAGGGCAGGAAAUGUGGUGUCACUAGACGCUGCUCAGAUUUGUGAAAGAGGAUCAAAACCGGUGGUGAGGGGGUUUGGUAUGUAGGAAAAUGGAGCUCAGAGGUCUUCGACUCGUCACUGUGGAUUGGAACUGAUUUGCUCCUGGAACAGUUUGUGUGGAAGAUGAGAUUCUUUGUCCUGCACAGUGGAAACAUGCAGCUGUUUGUUCUGUCUUUGAUAUGUUGUCAGUGUAAUGUGAAGUCAUUGGUGUGACGGUCAUGUUUUAGCCUCACUCGUAGCAGCUCACUGACUAAACUGAUCAGUGUUGUAGAAACCUUCAUAUGAUCUCUCACUAUGUACCCCUGAUUUUAUUUUUAUUUUUUUAACUUGUCUGUUUUUUGCUAAUAAUAUCCAAACAGACAUAAAAUCAAAAUAAGCUUAUUACCAUCCAGUCAUUCAGUGUGUACAAAAAUGAUUAUAUUUAUGUUGAACAAAUGACCUGAACACCCCCUCCCCCCGUCACAACAGGCCAGAAAGCUUAACAAGUAAAAAUGAUUCUGAACCAUGGUAAGUCAUGACAUGUUUAAAUGGUGAAUCAUCCACUGAACUUGGGGGUGGUUGAAGAAUGUAGCAGUUACAGAACUUGUUUAUGCUCCAGAAACAUGUUUCUGGUACUACUGUUGGUUAUAAGCUUCAUAAAUCCCACAGUUUGAAACAGUUGGGUCACUUCAUUCUGGAGUUUGAUUUGCAGCAAAAAAUGUGACCAAGUAAUAGUUUAACAUUAAGGAUUUAUGAAAGACUUGAUGUGUGUUGGCUGACUUUAACAUAAGUUUCCCAGUAUGUCUCUAAAAAUGAUUUGUGACCCAAAUUUUUGUUUUCUGAUCUGGUGUCGUUUCUGUGCAAGUCUUUUCUUGAUUGUCACUUUCAAAUGUCUUUGCCAUUAAUGUUGCAACAGUAUUUAUUGAAUUAUAUUUUCCCUUUAGAAUAAAUGCAAAUUUACUUGAGGUGUCUUGUUUGAUUGCAUGAAGAGUAUGUUACCAUGUGAAUGAAGGUACAGUUAAGUAAAUGUAAAGGUUUUCCUAUGCCUCAUUAAAUUAAUUUGGACAUUUU